GAAGGCAUCCAAGGAAGUGACGUAGUUCCACUUCCGCUUCCUGCGUUUUGGCUCGGUGUUUGGCGCGGAGUUUGUGAAACAGCAGGUGGGAAACAGCCACAGAGAGCCGGGGAAAACUUUAAGUUUAUUCUCAGGUUAGAGUUGCAUUCAGCGCCCGGAGCCUAAAAACAGCCGAACGAGAUUCUCGGCUGAGCCUCUGAUCCUGAAGGUUGGCUGAUGGUCUAUAAACCCAGUCAGGAUGAACUGUGAGCUUUUGGCAACAUGCAGCGCUCUGGGUUACCUAGAGGGAGAUAAUUAUCACAAGGAGCCUGACUGUUUAGAGGGCGUAAAGGACCUGAUCCGGUAUCUGCGUCAUGAAGAUGACACCCGUGAUGUUCGGCAGCAGCUCGGCGACAGCCAGAUUGUCCAAAAUGACCUCCUACCAAUUAUCGUGCAGUACAGACAGGACAAAGCCUUGUUUGAUGCCUGCAUCAGGCUCAUGGUUAACCUGACCCAGCCUGCGAUGCUGUGUUUUGGUAAAAUCCCAGAUGACCCAGUGUUCAGGCAUCACUUUAUGCAAGUGACUUCUCAUUUACAGGCCUAUAAAGAGGCUUUCGCCAGUGAGAAGGUGUUUGGGAUUUUAAGUGAGACGUUGUAUGAUCUUCUUCAACUUGACUGGGAGCAGAGACAGGAGGAGGACAACCUGCUGAUCGAGAGGAUUUUACUGCUGGUCAGAAACGUGCUUCACGUACCUGCAGAUCCCUGUGAAGAGAAGAAGGUGGACGACGACGCCAGCAUACACGACAGGGUGCUGUGGGCCGUUCACAUGAGCGGCUUUGACGACCUGGUCAAGUUCCUGGCGUCGGCUCAGAGCGAGCAGCAGUGGAGCAUGCAUGUCCUGGAAAUAAUCUCCCUCAUGUUCAGAGACCAGACCCCCGAGGCGUUGGUGAGCGCCGGUCACGCCCGUUCGGCGGAGGAGAAGCAGAGGGACUCUCAGGAGCUGGAGGCGCUGAGGCGGAAGGAGCAUGCAGAGAAACGCUCGCGCACGCUGCAGAGAGGAAUGAGACACUCUCGCUUUGGGGGAUCCUACGUGGUUCAAGGCCUGAAAGCGAUCGGAGAGAAGGACGUGAUCUAUCACCGAACCCUUAACGACUUCAAAAACUACACUCACGACCUGGGGAAAGCAGUGAGACGUGUUCCUAAGAGAAAUCGACAGGCCCAGGACUGCAGGGACCAACGGCGCUCGGCCUUAAACGUUCGUCUCUUCCUGCGAGAGUUCUGCAUCGACUUCCUGGAGAACUGCUACAAUCGACUCAUGUACCUCGUUAAGGAAAGUCUGAUCCGUGAGCAGACGCAACAACACGACGAGACCUAUUACCUCUGGGCGCUCAGCUUCUUCAUGGCCUUUAACCGUGGCAACGGUUUCCGUGCCGACUUGGUCUCAGAGACCAUGUCUAUUCGUACGUUUCACUUCAUUGAACGCAACGUGACGAAUUACUAUGAAAUGUUGCUAACAGACCGCAAAGAGGCCACCUCCUGGUCCCGCAGGAUGCAUUUGGCUCUAAAGGCAUACCAGGAACUGCUGCUAACUGUGAAUGAGAUGGACCGCUCCCCUGAUGAGAGCAUCCGUCAGAGCUCUAAUGUCAUUAAAAGUAACAUCUUCUACCUGAUGGAGUACCGGGAGAUUUUCCUGACCUUGCUGAGAAAAUACGACGAAACCAAGCAGCCGCACUCCUACCUCAAAGACCUGGUGGAAUCAACGCAUCUCUUCUUACGCAUGCUGGAGCGCUUCUGCAAAGGCCGGAAAAACUUAAUCGUGCAGAAGAAAAGGGUGAGGCGGAGGAAGUCUCAAGGUAAAAAGAAGCAGUCGCCUCAAGAACCGAGUCCAGAAGUGCUGCAGGAGACUUGGAAGAUUGUUGAGGAAGAGCUGAGGGCAAGUGGGUUUCAGCUCUCUGCGUCGUUGGCUGAAAGCAUCGUGCCUUUUGAUGCCGCGUCAGAAACGCCUCUUGAGGAACAGCGAACUGAGGCCAUGAUACGAGUGCAGGAUGCUCUGCUCGCUCGACUGGGACCUGAAGCUCUGGCACUGCUGCGGGCAGCCAGGGAAGUCUGGCCAGACGGUGACGUGUUCGGUUCGUCUGACGUCGAACCUGAAGAAGAGCUGGAUCUUCUCAAGCAGAUCUUCCACGCCAACCUGCCAAGGCGAUCUCCUGAGACUGUGGCCGAGGAGGAGGAGGAUGAUGGAGCGGAGUUAGAAGAGGAAGAGUUAGAGUCUGUCCAGCUUUCUGAAAAAGAGUUCAACUUUCUGGACUUUAUCAAGAGGUUCGCCAACCCCAGCAUCGUGCGUCCGUAUCUUCUCCUCUUGAAGUCCUAUUCAAAAAACACGCCUCACACCAACCAUUGCAUCGUGCGGAUGCUGCACCGCCUGGCUGUUGACCUCAAGAUGGACGCUUUGCUUUACCAGCUGUCCGUCUUCCAUCUUUUCAACAAAAUCCUGAAUGAUCCCGCCGCAGCUGCUUACAAGGAACUCGUGACCUUUUCCAAGUACGUGCUGAACCGCUUCUUCGCCGUGGCCGCUCAGAACGACAAGGCGUACGUUGAGCUGCUCUUCUGGAAAAACGUGGGCGCCGUGCGCGAGAUGACCGAAGGCUACGCCAAGGACGGAGAGGGAAAGAAGCCGUCGUGGACUGAAGAGGAGGAGGAGGAGCUGCGGAGGCUCUACAUGGAGCACCUCGACUCUGAAGUGCCAGACAUCGUGGAGACCGUCAUCCAGUUACUGAGCAACAGCAGCCGCACGCGGCGGCAGGUGGUGACACAGCUGGUGCACAUGGGUCUGGUGGACAAUGCCAAAGAACUGAAGAAACCGAAGAAAGGUACUCAGAUCGUUUUGUGGACUGAGGAGCAGGAGCUAGAGCUGGAGACGCUCUUCGAGGAGUACAGAGACUCUGAUGAUGUGCUGGGGAACAUCAUGAAGAAGCUCACAGCCAAGCGGUCUCGAGCGCGCGUCGUGGACAAGCUGCUGAGUAUGGGCCUGGUGUCCGAGAGGCGGCAGCUGUAUAAAAAAAGAAGCCGCGGCGCUCAUGGGAAGAGCUCCGGAAAGGGCAUGACCGAGGAAGAGUUCUUGACUGGAGUCACUCAAGGCUUUCCAGAUGAUUCUAUGGAUCAGGACGAUGAAGAUGAAGAGGACGUUGAGUCGGAGGAUAGCGAGGAAGAUGGAAAUGAGAGAGAAACACCGCAACCUGUUAGGAGGAGGAGUCAAAACUUUAACCUGACAGCAGAGCGCAGAGCAGACAUCAGCACCAUGGUAAAUGCUCUGCAGCGAGACGGCUUGGCUGGACCGUUGUUGUGGCUCCAGAACUCUUUAAACCGAACAGCAAACGGUCGAGACGAAGAUGGUGUGUCGCAGCCUGUUCCGCUUGUGCCUUUGACAGAGGCAAAUGAAGACGCCAUGGAGAACCACAACUUCCAGAAGCUGCUGUGCAAGCUGGGAAUGAGACCACCUGAAAAUGAACAGGAAACCUUCUGGAGGAUUCCGGGAAACAUGAGUCCAUCUCAGCUUCUGAGUGCAGCGGCAGCAUUAACCUCUGGACAGGAUGGAGCUGAAAACCUGGAGGAGCAACAAGGGUCCAGAGACUCAACAGAAGAAACGCCAACGCAGGCAGAGAAGAAGAAGGAGGAGGAGGAGGAAGAGGAGGAGGAGGAAGAGGUCUCCACUGAACAGAGAGCUCAGUCUCUGAGAGCUCUGCUGCUGGCUCGCAGUAGGAAGAGCCACCCUGCUGUGGAUGCAGAUCCGACGUCAGAUGUAAAUGGUGAUGAUCCAAGCAGUGUAAUAGAGAGGUCCCUGGAGAAGACGUCAACUAAAAGAAGCAAAAGGAGGGUGUUGGAUGAUGAUGAUGAUGAUGAAGAGGAGAAAGAGAACGAUUCCACCAAUGCCAUGGAUGUUGAUCCAAAUAAGGAUGCAGAUUCCGACAGGGAGGAUUUCUCGGCUCCGGUGAAGCGCAGGAGGAAAAUGGCCCUAAUUGAUGAGGACGAGGAGGAGGAUUAGUAAAAGUCUUUUAAUGGACAACAAACAGGAAGGUCUCUCAGGUUACUUAGAGGCGGAUUCAGUCCUCUGGAGGUCCAAACAGCAGACAGGAUUACUGAAAUACCCAAAAACGUAUUCCUAAUGUAAAUAUAUAUAAAUUCUAUGAAGCAAUAAUUAAUGUUAAACCUUUAGUAGAUCAUUUCUUUCUAUAUUUGGCUUUUUUUAUAGAUAUAAUUUCCCACUCUCUUGCAUUCUAAGUUCUUAGAGUUAAGUGUUCUUUGCAUGUUUGUAUACAAAACGUUGCUCUGUAGCUUUUUUCAUGGGUAAAAGUGCUUGUUCUCACAUGUACAAUUAUAUGUGUCAGUAAAGCUUAAAUAAAACAGAUGUCUAAA